AUGCCUCAUGCUCGUGCUCCAAAGCGUCGGCGCUACACACUUGAGCAAGAUCUUCAGGACGAAAUGGAAGCACAGGUUUCAGCAGCUGAGGAGGAGGAAGAGUCCUCGUCUUCUUCCUCUACCUUCGACUUUUUCUUCCCUUCUGGCUCUUCCCCUUCUAUGUAUCCAGGAACAGUGGAGGAGGUGUCUCCUGUUGGGACACCAGGUACAUCCCAGAAUUCUGAGAAAACCACCACCUCCUCUUCCAUUUCAUCGCACACAUCAAAUGAGGGUUCCAGCACCCAUGGAGGGGAGGGUCCAGGCACCAGUGAAGGGGGCGGCCCAAGCACCUAUGAAGGGGGCGGCCCAAGCACCUAUGAAGGGGGGGGCCCAAGCACCCGUGAAGGGGAGGGUCCAAGCACCCAGCAGGGCCAGCCAGAUAUUGAGUCUGUGCUCAAAGACACACUAGAUGAAAAGGUGGCUGAUUUGGUGGACUUCCUCCUUCUCAAGUACCAAUCAAAGGAGCCCAUCACAAAGGCAGAAAUGCUGAUGACUGUCAUCAGACAGUAUGAGGACUAUUUCCCAAUGAUACUCAAGAGAGCCUGUGAAUGCAUGGAGCUUGUUUUUGGCGUCGACGUGAAGGAAGAAGAUCCUUUCGGAAACUCCUACGUCUUCCACAAUACUCUGGACCUCACCUGUGAUUACCAGGGCAUGCCCAAGACUGGGCUCCUGGUGCUUAUCCUGGGUAUGAUCUUUAUGGAGGGCAACUGCGUCACUGAGGAGAAGAUCUGGGAAAUGCUGAAUUCAACAGGGGUGUAUGCUGGAACGGAGCAUGUUAUUUAUGGGGAGCCCAGUCAGUUUAUCACCAGAGAUUUGGUGAAGGAAAAGUACCUGGAGUACCGCCAGGUGCCCAACAGUGAUCCUCCCCGCUUUGAAUUCCUGUGGGGUCCAAGAGCCCAUGCAGAAACCAGCAAGAUGAAAGUCCUAGAGUUUUUGGCCAAAGUCAAUGGUAGCAUCCCAAGUGCUUUUCCAUCCUGGUAUGAGGAUGCAUUGAGAGAUGAAGAAGAGAGAGCCAAGGCAGGAAUUUCCCCCACAGAUACUACUACUGCCAUGGCCAGUUCAAGUUCCAGUGCUGUGCAUCCAGCAGCUUUGCCUUCCCCCAGUGAAGAUUGAGGCAGAUUGUCCAGUCUUGGAAGGUGGCAGUCAGUAUACUAAGAAGCGGAGGGCCAGGGUGGGGCUGGGGAAACACUGUGUGUAACAUCUUUGUGUUUCUCUUCUGUGUGGUUGAGUUGAAGGAUUAUCAUUUUUUUCCUUCAUAUUUUUCAAAUGCAGUUCCUUUAAUAGUAAGUUUAAUUAGCUCAGAAUCUAAGUUUAUGAAUGACGUAGUUGGUGUUAGCUGCCAUCAAGUCAGCCCCCAACUCAAGGCAAUCCAAGCCACAACAGAACCAAAUGCUGUUGGGUCUUGCACUAUGUCUUUAAUUGGUCCUUUGUGAUUCGUUGGGUUUUCACUGGCUGAUUUUCAAAGUAGAUUGCCAGGCCUUUCUUCUUCAUCUUAAUCUGGAAGCUCCCCUGAAGCCUGUUCAGCAUCGUAGCAACACGCAAGCCU